AGCGCGAGUACGGACGCACGCAAGUCGCAACCAUGGGUACUUACAGCAUAUCAAAAGUGACUUUGUACGUUCUUAACACAAUUUACAUGAUCCUUGGAUUAGGGAUCGCUGCAACUUCAAUAUGGUUCUUCUGUGAAGUGCACGAUUUUACAACGCUGAGGAAUAGCAACCACUAUUUACUGGACUACACCGUGUAUUGGCCACAAGCGAUUCCGUGGAUCUUCUUAAUCGUGUCGCUAAUUGUUAUUGGCGUUUCCUGCUGUGGUUUUACAAGUGUGCACAAGAAGAGCAAAGGUUUAAUAACUGUGUUUUUGACAGCGCAGUCGAUAGCUAUUUUAUUUUUGAUUGCUGCCUCUGUUGUUGCUUUGGUGUUCGCUGAUAACAAAGCGACUGACGACUUCGUUAAAGACACGGUAUGGGAUGUGUAUUUCCAAGCGAAGUCUGACGUGGAAGUUGCUGACAAAUUCGGGAUUAUCGAGAGGAAACUGCAUUGCUGCGGCGCUGACAGUCCCAGGGAUUAUAAAAAUUGGAAGAAUGAGUUCCCAACGUCGUGCUGUGAUGUGUUCUAUCACGGGUUUUUGGAGCCGUACGCGAUCGAUUGCGAGUUCACAAAUAAAUUAGCUAACGAACGCCAUGGAUGUUCGACGGUGGCUGCUCAGUACGCGCGUAUUGUCAUCAAAGUGCUUUCAGGAGUUUCGAUAUUCACUGCUGUUAUUGGAAUUACAACCCUUGCUGUCGCGGUACUGCUGUCUAGAGCCCUGGAGAAGAGACGGCGCAUUCAACGAUUGAAAAACGAGGCGGAAAGCAAAAAGGUUUUAUUGUAAGGUACGUUGAGUGCAUCAAUAAGUGGAUUAAUUUUGUAAAUCCAUUGUAGAGUCAUUAGUAAUUACUAUUGUAGAGUAAUUGUCCGUUUUUUCGCACGAUAAGUUUUUACUGCGCUAUAAAUACUUUUUAAAACUUAGUGUCUGCAUUGUAAAUCUUAACGUUUUAACCGUUAGACAGUAUCACCAAUGUUUUGUUUUGACAAAACCCCUGGUGUUCUGUGGUUAAGGAACAAAAUAAUUUAGUUGUAUAAACGUCUUUAUAUACUUAUUUAUAAGCUUAUAACAUAAAGUAUAAUUUUGUAAUGACUCCCACUGCUGUCUUAUGGACAAAUCUAGGAUAUUUAGAUCUUAUAAGUAGAAUUUUAUUAUAUAUGCAAACACUGCGCAAGAGUGCUGUUACAAGCGCUUUCGUCAUAGUCAGGGCCAUUUUUUCCAUUAUGUGUAGCUUUAUACCAUUGAAAUAAGAGCUAUUUUUUACAAUGUCGAAUAUUGAUGUCAUGUCUGAUGCCCUAGAAACGCCCUACGAGGCAACUACGUAUUGUAUAAAGGUUCUACUCAGUAGCUUUGCUUUUGGAUAUCAGCGCCAUCUAGCGAUAACUUCAAAAACCAUUAUCGUGACUUCAUCACGUGUUAGUAUCCUUAGCGUCUUAAGUAAAGCGAAAUAAAUAAUUAAAAUAGAUAUUAAUGCCUAGCUUAAAUUUAAUUUUGAAUUGAAUUUACAUUUUUUAUUGUCUUCUACAUAAAAAAAGCCAGGCGUUAGAUAGAAUAAGAAGAUAUUUUAUUAAUGAAUGUAUCAAUUUUAUGAGUAUUUGGUACUAGGUAUUUGUAUUUGGCCUCUAAAUUCUGCUGUUUAUCAUAACUUCAUGGCCAAAUGUUAUAAAUGGCUGUAAGUAACUCGAAUUUCCAUUUAAGCGUAGUAUAUCGUACAAAAAAUUACAUUCUACAUUUACGAUAAGUAUAAUAUUAAACCUCUUUUUAAUGUUUUAGUAAAUAACUUUAGAACACUGGCUGUAUAGAUAUUAUGUUUACUUUUAAUAGAGUUUUAUUUUUAAUAGUUAGAGACUUUAAGGUUUAACCAUAAAUUAUUGAUUAUUACGCGAUUAGUGCCCCCAACUUAUCUUUUCAGCCCACAGCGGCUUUAUAAAUUACUUUUGAGAUUUCGGCAUUUUAUUUACAAUUUUCACUAUGAAACAAAACUAUGACAAAAUGUCUGACAAAUAAGUUAAUGGUCUGAGUUAAGAUAGUUUGAUAUUAUGUGAUGACGAAAUGAGGUACAUAUUAGAAUCUCCGAAAUGUAUACAUUUAAUUUCACAGUUCCAACCUUAUUGUCUAUUGCUUAUAAAAGUUUAAUUUUACAGAAAUUUAUAGGUAAUUAAUUAAAAGUGAAAUGCUGUUUGUAUCUUCGAAGCAAUAAGUUUUCGUUUUUGUUAAACAAUUUGAAAGUGCAAAUAAUUAAUAUUGUAAUGCUUUAAGUGAAUAGGUAUAAGUGAUAUAUUUCGGUCCAAAACAAAACGAUUUAAUGGCAUUAUUGGACAGGAAAUUAUAAUAAAGUCACGGACGAGUAAAAAAAGGACUCCGCGCCAUGAUAUUAGCAAGUGAAGCACCGUUAUGCUAGUGUGUGUGCGGUUACGAGGGAUAACAGUUACACAAUUUUUUCUCCCUUAAAUAAUCAUAUAUGGCCACAUAUACUUAUAAAGUAUCGUUUCUACACUUUAACACAACGCACGACGGCAUUUUUAAAAUAUUUUAUUGAGACGCAAACUUAUCUGUCACAGACGACAGUUCUCAUAAUGGCCGCCUAUCGGCCUGUAGUAGUGUAAGUGUAUGCGUGGGGCUAUGUAUUUAGACGUUAAUUGGCUUGUUUUGGUGCUGCACUGCUAUGUAAGGUGACACGGAGUCCUUAUUUUUUUACUAAUCCGUGAAUUAAUUUAAUUUUUAUGUAGUGGCUGUAGGUAAAUGCAAUGUUUAAGUUACUGAUUAUGGCCAGUUACAUCACACAGGAUAUUGCGUCUUGCUUACUACAUAGAAUAUAUGACAUCAAAGCGAUAAUGAAAUACCAUAAGACUGUACAUAUAUUUUUAUAUCUAGCAUCUAUUUAAGAUUUUGUACAUAUUAAAGAGUUAUUUAUUAAUA